AUGUCAUUUAAGACACAAAAAGCUUUCCUAUUGUUAUUUCGCAAUAUAAAAUAUCAAUGGGACAAAUUCCAAACCACGGUUUCUCAUAGCAUCACCCUUUCUUUCCGCCUACGCCUCCUCUCCACAAUGUCCUUCGGAUCUUGGUUAUCCUUCGUUAGCAGUGAGAUUGGACUAGAUACCCUCGUCCACUCAUCAUGGGAUGUCUACAUCAUAAUUGCUUUGAGGAUGAUUAGACUCAUUGGCUUUGGCUCAACAUCAUUAAUACUCGCCUUGUAUUUGAAAUCUUUGGGAAUCGAUGAGUCGUACAUUGGACUUUUUAUGACACUUACAUUUGUUGGAGAUUUAACCACAUCUUUUGUACUCAGCUUGGUCACUGAUCAGAUUGGUAGAAAACGCGUGCUUGUAUUGUGCUCGAUUCUAAUGUUGGCUACUGGUGUCGUGUUUACCACGAUUGAUAAUUACUUUUUCCUUCUCGUUACUGCUGUUGUUGGUAUAUUGACCCCAUCAGGUGGAGAAGUUGGACCGUUUAGGACCAUAGAACAAAGUAGUAUUGCGUCCUUGUGCAAUCAGCGGGACAGAUCAGAUGUAUAUGCAUGGUAUACAUUUUUGGGCCUGUUUUGUGCUGCAUUUGGAUCAUUUGUUGCUGGUCUGAUUGUUGAGUUUACGCGAAGUGAAUGGGGGUUUAGUGAUUUAAAAAGCUACAAAAGUGUAUUUGCAUUGUAUUGUAUUCUUUCAUUGAUUGGAGUUGUGUUGUCGUUGCUCGUUAGUGGUGAUAUCGAAUCCAAAAAACAACUGGCUGAAUCUAUACUGGUAGCAGAUGAAGAGAGUCCUGGUGAAGGUGCUUCUGAGACAACUCAAUUACUUGCAAAUGAGGAAGAGCCCAAGCCCAAAUCCAGGUUCUUCAACCUUCUCCCAUAUUUGUCUCCAGACGUUUAUUUGAUUGUGUUGAAAAUUUCACUUUUAUUCGGUCUUGACUCAUUCGCAUCGUCAUUGACGCCCUUAUCGUGGACAUCGUACUACAUCAAGAAAAAAUUUGGCAUCCCUUCUUCAUACCUUGGUUCUGUUUUCUUUGUAACUGGGUUUAUCAGUGGCUUUACUUCACUAGGAUCUACAUCAAUGACCAAAAGGCUUGGUCCCGUUGUCACCAUGGUGGCUACUCAUUUACCAGCAUCCAUCUUGUUAGCUGUAUUGCCAUUCCCAAACUCAUUUUUAGUCACCUUGAUAAUAUUGGUGUUGAGAGCAUCGAUGCAAACAAUGGAUGUAGCACCCAAACAUGUGUUUUUAGCUGCCACAGUGCCUGAUGAUGAUAGAACUGCUGUAUUUGGAUUUGUCAAUGUUGUCAAGACAUUGGCGCAAAUUGUGGGUCCUAGUAUUGUUGGAAUUUUGACAGAAAAUGGCUUACAAUGGAUCACUUUUGUAAUUGGAGGUUCCUUAAAAGUUGCCUACGAUCUUGGUGUCUUGGUUACCUUCUUGACUUUCAACAAGAAUGCAGCGUAUUAG